CCCUGACCGUGGCCCGAGUCCAGACCAGCCUGGACGCCACCGACCUUCUGCAUCCAGUCUUAUCCUUUCCUCAUGACACCAACGGCGUCAAGAACAGUACGCCUCUUCAUGCACCUUUACAUGUCCCUACUUGACCUUCAUACUAUAUCCUAUCCAAUACGGUCAAAAAGAUGCCGUCUCCUACCAGACCAACUUUCAUCAAUCGCACCACCAGCGAUUAUGGCCUUACGAGCGACCAGCCAGCCGUCAACGCGCACAUCGCGCGGCUCUCACACCGCCGGCGCAAACGAGCUCGCGUACCCAACAUCACAAGAAGAACAUUCGGCUCACGCUUUCUUGCAAUCCACCAUAUAGGUGGACUUCGAGAUGAUCCCUUCUGGAGUCUUCCUGUUGAGAACAAACACGACGCUAUGACAGGGUUUGACCAUCACUUUCAAGUCCUCUGCCCUCGAGCCCUCAGCAUCGGCAACUACAAUUACCACCAACACUGCGUGAUGGCGGCCAACGUGCUCCAAACACCCAUGUACUGCCACUCGAUGAUCGCGUUGAACCUGACGGUGCAAAGUCAAUCCCAGGCCCAGGUCCAGGACGGCACAGCACACCGCCUAUCCCUAGCCGCCAUGUACCAUCUCAAUGUAGCAGUGGCCGCUGUGCGAGAAUGCUUGGCCGACCCAGAGCGAUGCACAAGCGACAUUGUCCUAGCAACAAUAUUCCCCCUAUCCGUCGUCCAUAGCAUGACAAACGACUACGCCGGCUUCGCCACCCACGUCGAAGGUGUCCAACGUAUUGUCGCCCUCCGUGGCGGCAUUGACAACCUCGGAAUGGACGGCUUCCUGAAGAUCUCCGUCCUCGGCACGCUCCAGCACGCCGAGGUCUUGAAACGCCAGCACUCCCAGCGCGUGCAAGACCAAGCACAAGGCCUGACCUUCCACGACGACUCCGUCCUCGUCUACCCAGUCCAGCCAUUUUCCGACGCGCUGCUCUCCAAGCUCUCGAUGUUCCCCUCGGGCUUGGCGUCGUUGGCCUUCGAAUCGCGCCUGAGCCUCCAGUGCAUCGCCACGAAAUUCUCGCUAUGGCGCAGCUUAGCAUCACGGAGCGUGCGUUGGCUGUUGCCGCUCAAGCAUAUCUCAACCACUUGGAGCCCAGGUCAUGGCACUGGAGUCAUUGGUCCAACGAACAUAUCGUCGAGGAGCAAGUCCUUCAACUGAGUGCGGAUCCGCAGCUGGGUGACUGUGACGAGGAUUCUCUCACUUGGGCGUGUUUGAUCAUCCGAGAUACCUCUAUUGAAGGAACCAAUGCCUGGAAGUGGUCCGAUCGAAUCAUCUCGACCGUGGAUGUCGACGAUGCAAGGCUUGAUGAACUGUGUUUUUCCUUCUUUGCACGACCGCCCAGUAAGGCUAAUAACGUAGAGG